AUGAAUGAUAGAAAAAGCACCAAGUCUAAAGAGCUAUUUACGCCGCCGUCCGAAAAGCUUGAACUAGUCUUUCCUGAUCGAACGAAUGAAAUUGACGAUGAUAGCUGUUCGUCGAACCACUUCGCUGACAUCUUCAACCAUGCAGUAAAUAAACCAACAACCUCUCUGCUAGAUUAUAUUAUCUAUGUAUUCAAACAGCUAUACAAUUUUUCCAAUAGCAAUCAUUAUCAUCCAAGUGGUUAUUGGAGAUAUGUUUUGGGCGUCUACAAAAACUUGUUUCUAGUCUUUUAUUUCAACUGGUUUUCUAUUAUCACAUCUCCUUUGAGCUCAUUAGCAUUUAUUACUAUUUAUCCUAUUGUAAGCUUACUCCUGUUCCUCUUUGAAAUUGGGUUGAAGAUUUGCUUGGAAGAUCUCGGUGGCGAAAAGCUUAUACAAACUAUACGCGAGGAAUAUGGCAACAGUGCUCCAGAUUUGUUAUAUUCAAACAAAUCGAUCCAAAUCGUAAAAUCAACUCUACCUUCAUUGGGCGGCAAACCAGUGAUAGAUCGAAGAAUCAAUAGAAACUUUAUAGGCAAUCGUCGAAUUCUAACAUUUGAUAUUUCCAUUGCGCAAACCAUGACUAUCUUAUCCUCUCUUGUCUACGAACGUCAAGAUGAAAAAAUAACUAAAGCUCUGAAAUUGAUAGCGCAAAUCCAAAACGGGAAAGCGAGCAGUCAGCAUGAGGAAAAAGAAAAAGAGUUCCAACGCAUCAAGUGUAUAGCAAAGCAACUGAUUUGGGAAUCCGAAGCCAAUAUACGCUAUAUUGCUGAUCAAUUUAACCUUUACUUUUCUGGUGUUACAGAAAUGAGGUCUCUGACAGGUCCUUAUUGUGGACUUUUUUGGCCUAAAGAUAAUGAUAAACCACCCUUCAUCAUUGUUACCUUCAAAGGAACUACACCAACAAAUUAUAGCGAGUUUUUGGUUGACGCAACGUUUCAAAGAACUGACGCUCGACCAUUUCUUUUUGGAUCAGUUCAUCAAGGUUUUUACGAAAGUCUUUUUGCGGAAAACUCCUGCAGAGAUAGAUGUGCUAGUAAUGUUCGCGAUCCUUAUUAUGUCAUAUUAAGCGCUAUUCGGCAGAAAGCUAAAGAGUUGCUGGCAAAUAGAUGCAGUGACGGUGGUACCAAUCCUCAGCCCGUUCCUGUUUGGUUAGCAGGACAUUCUCUUGGAGCAGGUUUGAGUUCAUUGCUUUUUGCCCGUUGGCUUAAAUGUCCUGAUGACUUAGGGCCUUUAUGUCGCUUAUGCGACGCGUAUGUCAUUGGAUUACCUGCUGUAGGUGAUAAUGACUUUGCUUCCAAUUUCGCUUCCUGCACGAAUAGUAAUUAUUACCAACCACAAGACAUGUACACAACACCACCUACCUUAUGGAGGAUUGUUAAUCAGUUUGACGUGAUCUGUAGACUACCUCCUGGCUAUAAUAGCAGCAUUGUAGGAAAUUAUGCUCCAAAAACGGACUUUUUUAAUUAUGCGCACGUUGGACAGGUCGUUCAACUAACUCAUCCUCUUUUGAACGAUGAGCCGUUGAAAACAUAUCCCUCCCCUUACGAGACAGCUGCAGUAAUAGAGGUUAUAGAUACUGCUUCUUCCUUUUCUACUUCUAGCCUUGCAGAAAAAACCUCAAAUACGGAAUUAGACAAUAAUUCUGAGCCUUGCACACCUGUACCAGAGGAGCUCCAAGAUGAAAGAUUAAUCCCUACAGCAAUACGCCACGCUUCUGCCAAAUCUUUGCCAAGUUGGUUAAAAUUUCUUAUGCAGCAGCUUCAAUAUUCUAGUCCGAUUACUAUGCUGGAAUCCCUUUAUCCAUUUUUCAUAAGAGACCACAUUCCGGUUCAUUAUUUUGAAGGGUUAGACAAAAUACGUGAUUAUCAAUUUGAAAAAUAA